AUGUUCCACAACACCUUAGACGUUGUUGAUAAGCCUUACAUUCUCAGUAAAAAAAUUAAAUUUGAUGAGGACGACGAUAGUGAGGAGAAUAGGGAUGAUUCCGAGCAGGAUUAUUCAUCAGAGGAUGACUACUCUUCUGAAGAGUCUUCAAAUAAUCAACAACAACAGGAACAAUUAACAAUUCAUACAGCUCUUCCACAACCAGAAUCUAAGAAACCCACCAAAUCCAGUAUCACUGAUGUGUUGAUAGAUAAAUUCUAUUAUGAAACAAUGAUAGAGAUGAAUAUUAAGGAUAUUAACUCCAGUAACGGACACUUGCCUGACUUUAAAGCAAAUAUUAACAAUGUGAAUAAUGCCAAAAAGAAGUCCCUAGAAGAAAUUAAUGAGGAUGAAAUAACGAGUAAAGCCCUUUUGCUUUCCCUGAAGAAGGAUUUGGAGAAUGAAAUUAGAUUUGCAGAGAAUGAUCUUAGUGAUCUCAAUGAACAGGAAACCAUUUUGUUGAUGGGAAAUUCAAGAUUACAAUCGGAAAUUAACUUUAACAAAACUCUUGCUGAGGAAGAAACAUCAAAUAUUUCAGAUCUUGGAGAGUUGUCUAAAAUAGUGGAGAUGGAAGUUGAAAAGAAGGAGUCUUCAGAACAGAAAAAAAUCAUAACAAACUUGGAAAACUCAGACAAUGACGCUUUUACAAACUCAUCCAUUGCUUAUAACAUGUUGAAAUUACAAUAUCAAAUAGAGGAUGCUUCUAGGAAAUUGGAGGAAGUAAAUUCCAUUCACAAUCAACAUCUCAUGGCAAAGAGAAGAAGGAUGAUAGAAAAGCUCCACCUCAAAGAAAUUAAUCAACAAAAGUUAAAUUUUGAGAAGAGGGUCAGCGCAGAAACAAAGAGAAUUGAAGAUAAACACAAUCAUGAUCUUCAAAAACUAUUGGAAGAAAAUAGAAAACUCGAAGAACAGGAGCAAAUGUUGGAGAGUAAGCUAGAGUUUGUUGUAAAUGAAGAUGGUGAACAAAUUAUGAAAACUAUGGAAAGGGUAAUGUCAAUGUUAAAAGGAAGAGAGGAACUUCCAGAUGGAAACUAUAUUAGUGUUUCCAGAGCAAUUGGGUAUUAUUCCCAAUUAAAAGAUGCAACCGAGAAAAAUCAAUUCACGGUCAAACUCUUUAAAAAGUUUUUAAGGGAACACAAAGAAUUCGGCUUUUUCGUAUUUGAUUUUGAAGACUUUUACGCAGCAGCCAAAGUGGAGGGUAGCAGUCUUCAAUCAGAUCAAUUAAUGACAACCAGUCGAAACAUCGAGGAACCUAUUCCACAAAAGGUCAUUCUCGAUCCAACAGAAAAUUUGUACAAUAACAGAGAGGAAAUGCCCAAGUUUGUCGAACAGGAAGUGCCAUCACAACAACGAACACCCUUGCUUAGAAAGAAAUCAAUUGGAAACAAUUCAAUGUUGACACGAUCAUCCAAUAAUACCUCCAAUCAAGGCACCAAUAGAUCGCUCAAUAAGAGUGAGGGAAAUGCAACAGCACAAGAUGUGCUUAAAAGAAGUAUGGGUGUGCUGUCAAAAAUCAAUCAGAUCAAAAAAAAUAAUAAAUAA